UGCGUCCGCGUGUAGCAUGUCGGCGCUGCGCUGGGGCUGGGGCGCAGCGGGGCUAGGGCGGGUCCUGCGACCCCUGGGCCGCCCCGGGCCCCCAGCCUACGAAGGCGCCCUGGAUGGACGCUUCUGGGGCUGCAGAAGGUACUCUUCAGCCAAUCCCUGUGUCCAGGAGAUCCGCAAGGACUGGGGCCACGCGGAACUGUUAGAGGUGCUGGAGGCGCGGGUGCGGCAGUUGCAGGCAGAAAACGUGUCCGCGGUGAAGGUGGUAAAGAAGGUGUCCCCGAAGGCCGAUGGCGCGCUCUCCAAGCCCCCCAAGAAGGCCCGCAAAGCCUGGACAGAAGAGCCGAAGAAGGUGGCAGUGGAGAAGCAGAAAAAAGCCCCUGCGCCUGCCAAGAAGCCAGCUGUCUCCCAGAGACGCCAGGCACAGCUGCUCCUGGAGCCCCAGCUGCAGGAUCAGAAGUUGCACCAAUGCCUGCAGUGCUGGACCACCGAGACUACCAGCAGCCCCUGGGAUGAGCAACUGGCCCAGCUACUGCAGGACGCCCCUCGGAGGCUGAGCGAGGAGGAGCAACAGCAGCAGCUGCCCGAGGGCAGUCCUAUUCGGGCACGAGUGGAAGCGCAGCAGCAGCGCCUCCUUUCCUUCUUGGAGAGCUGCGUGCUGUCCGGCCACCUGGCCCUGGCCCACCAUGUCCUGACCACACAGCACUCCAGGGCGCGGCUGCCGCAGCAGCUGACGCUCCCCAUGUACAACACCAUCAUGCUGGGCUGGGCACGCCAGGGGUCCUUCAAGGAGCUAGUGUACAUUUUCUACAUGCUGAAGGAUGCAGGCCUGGCCCCGGACCUGCUCUCCUACGCCGCAGCACUGCAGUGCAUGGGGCGGCUGGACAAAGAUAAACAAAUCAUCCAAAGGUGCCUGCAGCAGAUGGACCAGGACGGGUUGCAGCUCGAGGACCUGUUUGCGGAGCCGCUGAGUUCCGAGGAACAGGCCGCUGUGUUGAGUGCGGUGCGCAAGGUCCUGCCCGACUUUCAGCUGCCUACCCCGCCCCCGCCCCCCACAUCCGGCUGCAGCUCCCCACUGCUGACUGGGAUCUAUGCCCAGGACCCGCCCGCCACCUACCCUAAGCUCCACCUGCCCCUGAGGACGCUGAAGAAGCUUUUCCAGAAGCAGCUGCGCGUGGAGAUGGCCACGAUUGUGCAGGUCCGCUCGGUGGACAGGGUCCAGAAGGAGACCAAGGAGCUGCUGCGUGCGCGUAAGACCCUAAAGAGGCUGCGUGCCCAGUGGGAGGAGGAGCUGCUGGCUGCGCUGCGGGAGGUCAAGGAGAACCAGGCCAGACUGGCACGGCUGGGCAACCCCUCCCUGCUGCCCUACCUGAGCCUGGUCCCCGAUAGGGAUGUGAUACAGCUCCUGCUGCAGACCCUGUAUUCCAUGUCCCCGCAUGGGGAGUCCCUGAUGUCCAUGGCUCAGGACUUGGGCCUGCGGAUGUUCAGCCGGUACAUGGUGCAAAGGAAAAUCCUCAGCAACCGGAUACAGGCGCUGGAGCAGCGCUACCACGAGUACCUGCAACUGCUGGCCGCCGACUCAGAGGUGACACCUCGCUGCUUACCCAGGCAGCACUGGGAAGCCCUGGGACCGCCCGGCCUGCCCCACGAGCAGCCCUGGCCCCUGCAGGUGCUGGUGGAGCUGGGCAAGCAGCUGGCCGAGAUGCUGGUGAAGGCCAUUCACAUGCCCAGCUACCUGGCCACCGCCACCCAGACCUCCAAGAAGAGCAUUCCGGUGCUGUACCAUGUCUACUCCUUCCGCAGCUUCCGACAGAUUGGCAUCCUGAAGCCGCACCCUUCCUUCACCGAGCUGCGGGAGAGGGCGUCCGAGGGCAUGCUGACCUUCGAUGCCAACGAGGUCCCCAUGCUGUGCCCGCCUCUGCCCUGGACGUCGUCGCACAUGGGCGCCUUCCUGCUGAGCCCCACCAAGCUGAUGCGUUCCAUGGAGGGCAUCCCGCAGCACCUCAACCUGCUGGACAGCUGCCCACCCCAGGACCUGCAUGGUGCACUGGACACCGUCACCCAGCUGGGCAACGUCGCCUGGCGUGUGCGCGGGACCCUGCUCGACCUGGUGCUCGAGCUCUUCACCGCUAAGGGCUGCCCGCGCCUUGGGGUGCCCGCGCCCGCCUCUGAGGCGCCCCAGCCGCCCUCCAUGCGCUUGCCACCCGAUACCCCUCCGGCCCGCAAGGCCGAGCUGCGCCGGGAGGUGGCUCGAUGCCAGAAGCUGACGCGGGAGAUGCACAGCCUGCGGGCCGACGCACUCUACCGCCUGUCGCUGGCUCAGCACCUUCGCCACCAGACCUUCUGGCUGCCCCACAACAUGGACUUCCGAGGCCGCACCUACCCCUGCCCCCCGCACUUCAACCACCUGGGCAGUGACCUGGCCCGUGCCCUGCUCGAGUUCGCUGAGGGCCGCCCGCUGGGGCCUCAUGGCCUCAACUGGCUCAAGAUCCACCUCGUCAACCUCACCGGCUUCCAGAAACGCGCGUCCCUGAAGGACCGAAGCAAGUUCGCCGACCAGGUCAUGGAUGACAUCUUGGACUCGGCCGACCACCCCAUGACGGGCCGCAAGUGGUGGAUGACAGCCGAUGAACCGUGGCAGACGCUGGCCUGCUGCAUGGAGAUCGCCAAGGCCGUGCGCUCCCCCGACCCCGAGGCUUAUGUGUCCCACUUCCCCGUGCACCAGGAUGGCUCCUGUAACGGGCUGCAGCACUAUGCAGCCCUGGGCCGCGACAAUGUGGGAGCUGCUGCCGUCAAUCUGGUGCCAUCGGACCUGCCGCAAGACGUGUACAGCGAGGUGGCUGCACAGGUCGAGGUGUUUCGCAAGGAGGACGCUCAGCAAGGCGUGCAGAUAGCCCAGGUCCUGGAGGGCUUCAUCAACCGCAAGGUGGUAAAGCAGACGGUCAUGACCGUGGUCUACGGCGUCACGCGCUAUGGAGGCCGCCUGCAGAUCGAGAGGCGCCUGCGUGAGACCCACAACUUCCCGCAGGAGUUUGUGUGGGAAGCGUCGCAUUACCUGGUUCGCAAGGUCUUCAGCAGUCUCCAGGAGAUGUUCUCAGGCUCCCGGGCCAUCCAGAGCUGGCUAACGGAGACUGCGCGCCUCAUCGCCCAGUCUGGCUCAGCCGUGGAGUGGAUCACACCCCUGGGCAUCCCCAUCAUCCAGCCCUACCAUGUGGGCUGCAAGAUCUUGAUCGGGGGCGGCCUCCAGACUCUCACCGUCAGCAACAGCGGGGACGCCAACAGGAGACCCAACACGCUGAAGCAGAGGAACGGCUUCCCACCCAACUUCAUCCACUCGCUAGACUCCUCACACAUGAUGCUCACGGCGCUGCAUUGCUACAGGAAGGGCCUGACCUUCGUGUCUGUCCAUGAUUGCUUCUGGACCCACGCUGCAGACGUCCAGGUCAUGAACCAGGUGUGCCGGGAGCAGUUCUUCCACCUGCACAGCCAACCCAUCCUCCAAAAUCUGUCGUCUUUCCUGGCGGAGCGAUUCUGCACCGGCCCUAAAGCCCAGCGCCAGCCGUCCAAGUUCAGCCAGCUGUCGAAACUGCACCAGACGCUGAUGGCUGUACCCAAGAGAGGGACUCUGAACCUGGAGCAGGUGAAACACUCCACCUACUUCUUCAGCUGACAACUGCCGUGCCACCGGCCCUGCCCAGCCCUCCUCGGUCCCCUUCCUAGCUGUAAAUAAAGCCGUUGUCACCCCCGGGA